GCUGUGUCACAGGGCAGCUUAACAUCUCUGACAAGACUACUGACUUUGGAGGAAAGAUACUUCCUGACUUCGGGGUCACUUGACACUGGAAAUAGCUUCUCCCAGGCAAUGCCCAGCUCAAGCCCUCUGGUAGAUUAUGAACAUUCUUCUUAAGGAUCCAGGACCUCAUCUUUUAACAAUGUUCUCCUACUGCUUAUACUCUUAUUUUGACAUGUUUUGUUUAUAUUCAUGUGUCAUGAAGUCUUGUUCCUUUUUCAAAAUCGUCAACUUGUGAUUUGACAUAUUACUUCUGCAUUUACAUUUAUUUAUUUGCCAGAAAUGUUUAUGCAAAGUUGCUUAUAAAUGUGGAACUACAAGCAAAGCGAUAUAUCAAGCAGAAGACAAUACAGUACAAGUAGUGCUACCCUACAAGGUUUUUAAAAUGAGUGUUCACGGAAAAGGUGAGUCUUUAGUCGUGUUUUGAAGAUGAUGACAGUUUCUGCUGCUUGUAUUGAGGUUGGAAGUAAAUUUUCCCCCACUGAUGGACAGUAAGUUUGAAGGACCUCAUACCUUGCUUACCAGACAUUACCAGGUGCCGGUCGUUAACUGAUUGCAGGUCCUGGGAGUGAACAUAAACCUGGAGUGUCGAGGUUGGAGAGUGUUGGAGGUAGGGGGUGCUGCUGUUCCAGACAAGACAUGAGCAUCAAGACCUUGAAUUUCCUGUGGGCAGCUAUAGGAAGCCAGAGGACAGAGACAAAAAGGGGGUGUGACUUGGGUCAUUUCGGGAGGAUUGAAAACAAGGCAUGGGGCUGCAUUUGGAAUCAUCUGUAGAGGUUUGAUGGAGCUGGAGGGAGGCCCAGGUCCUCUGACCAGCGGCUCUCAGGAAGGGACAGCAGGUGGCUCUCAAGGUUGAGUCUGUCCGAGGGACACUAGGUGCCAGGCAGGGACACACACUGAAUGGGAAACCAAUGCAAGACAUCAUACCGAAAAUAUCCGAUAUACAUGCCUCUGUUAACCAAGUCACAAAAAUAAGCGAAGUUGUAUUUGUAAUUCAGAGUCAAAAGAACUCGUACCACGUUGAGAGGGCAGAGCGAAGGAGAGCACACCUUUUUGCCCAAGAGCAGAGCUUGCCAGCUGUAGUGCUUCUCCAUGAGUUGUCAGAAUAUGAUGGAAACUGGGGGAUUCUUCCUGCACUGCCUCAUCUGGCUGAACGUUACUGCCAGAAAUCUUUGUGGAUUUUUUUCCUGGAGGAGGAGACCAUUGUCAGUUUACGCAGACUGUUGCAGGUGCUCAACAGAUUUAACCCUUGGAAAGAGUGGUUUUUGGGAAGAGCUCUUUAUGAUGCUAGUGCGACAAUUAUUCACCACUAUGCCUUCUCAGAAGAGCUGACUGCUUUCAGCUACCCUGACUUUGCUGCUGGCUGGGCCCUUAGCUGCUCUCUGGUUAAAAGAUUAGCUGAUUACAUGAAGCAUGAGCCACCCAAAUCAGAUUUCACCAUCGACCUUAAGCAUGAGAUUGCCCUGUAUAUUUGGGAGGAGGGAAGAGGACCUGCUUUAACUGCUGUGCAUGAGUUCUGCUCUGAACUUCACGGCUCACCGAACACUGAGCAUUGUGCUACCACUGUCAACUCUUACUUGCCGAGCUGUGGUACCUUAGUGAAGAGGGAGGACCUUUUUGUAGCAGUGAAGACUUGUCAAAAAUUCCACCAAGAUAGAGUGCCUGUAGUGAAGGAAACCUGGGCAAAAGACGCUGCACUGUUAGAAUUUUAUAGUGAUAUUGCUGAUUCAGCCAUCCCCACCAUUUACCUGGGAGUCCCCAACACGGAGAGUGGGCACUGUGCAAAGACGUUUGCAAUUUUAAGGAGGUUUCUCAGUGGAGAAGUGACACAGGCACCAUGGCUACUCCUAGUAGACGAUGACACAUUGAUAAGUCUGCCCAGACUCCGGCGACACCUGCGCUGUUACGACCCUAAUGAAGCUGUGAUUAUCGGUGAGCGCUAUGGCUAUACCCUCACUAAGAGGGGCUACAGCUAUAUCACCGGUGGUGGAGGUAUGGUGUUCAGUAGAGUGGCAGUGUUGAAAAUCCUCUCCAGCGGUUGUAGCUGUUACAGGGAAGAUGCUCCAGAUGACAUGGUAUUAGGAAUGUGCCUUAACACUCUGGGGUUUUCGGUUACACACAGUCCACAGUUUCACCAGGCACGUCCAGAUGAUUAUCCGAAAGAGCUGCUGCUCCGUCAGAGCCCCAUCUCCUUCCACAAACACUGGAACAUCAACCCUGUGGCAGUGUACCAGCAGUGGCUGAUGGACUCUGAGGAUCUGCUCCAGCAGAACCUUAGCAGAGAUAACAGAGAGGAGCUCUAAACCAGGAGCUCUCUUUCCUGUUGUAAGCAUAUAUAAUUUAGGGAAAUUAGUUUUUAUUUUAUUGAAGUUUUUUUUUUUUUAUUUGCAUUGCAUUUUUUGUUAACACUUGGCUAUAUAUUUAAUAUUUGCAUUUUUAAUAUUUGCAAAAGUAAUUUGGCAAAUGGUUUUAUUCAGAGUGACUGACUAGUGAAGACUUGCAGAGCCAAGCAGUGGCUCUCUGACAGGUCUGGGAUUUUAAAUUAUAACCACAAGCUUAAAAAUAUUCCUUAUAUAUUUAUUGGAACAGUGUUUCUUAGAACAAAAAUUCUUCAGGAGCAGAAUUGAAAAACUGUAAUUUUCUACAUUUGAUUUAUUUAUUUGUUAAUAAUUAAUUUAAGUGUUUUUGAUUUACUGUACUUGAAACGUGAAAGAUUUCAUGGUUGGCAAUUCUCUACAGAUAUUAUGAAAUCUCUUGUUUUAUCUUUGCCAAAAACUCUCUGUGGUUGAAUUUAAAGGUCAGAACUCUUGACAUUUGUAUGAUAUCUAGUAUUGAGUCAGUGAAUUAAUUUCUCCUCCAGCUGUAGACCUCCAGGACUUCAUCAGCUGUCUCCUCAAUGUCCCCAUGCUGGGGAGUCGCUAGGUUAGAAGGGUUUAAACUGAAACUGAGAAAAAACUUUACUGCAGUUCGUUAAUCCUGUUUCUCGCCAUAACAGCUGGUAAAUAGUAGAAUAUUACUGAACACAUCAUUUGACAUGUGGGAUUGUUAAAUAUGGAAUUGUAAUGACUUUGUUGACUUUUAUUCAUUUUACAAUGAUUAAUUUAUCACUUUAUGAUCAUCAUGUACAAUGUUAUUUAACACAUAUACAAUCAGCUGAAUCAGCAUUAUGUUAACCAGAUGUGAAUAAGCAGUUAUCAUAAAAUAUUUUAUGGGAGGUAAAAAAAACCCUGAAAUCUUGUGGUUUCAUACUGUAGUUAACCACAGAGUUCAAUUUCUUUUGCUUAAUUCUUUUGAAUAAAUCUCUGUUCAAAAACACUAGAAUGUCAUCUAACCUUAAUCUUGGGAAACAUCUACCAUCUAUCAACUUUUUUUCAGUUGUUGUUGUCCUUUUACUGCCCUUCCUGACGCAACCCCUCCCAAUUUAUCCAGGUUUGGGACUGGCACUGAGAGUUAACCCCUCAGUGGCUGGGUUGGUUCCCUGCCCAGGAACCCUGGGCAAUGGUUGGUGUUAUUAUUUAAUUAAAGACUUUUUUCCUUUUAAUUGUGUCGUACAGACAGUUUUAAAAAUUGUUCUCACACCAUGUGAGCUGAGAUGGAUGCGUAUUUUCAACAGUUUAUUAAUCCAAAGUUACCACCAGUUACAAAAUCAAGAGCCAGAAGAGCGUUUGGCAAUGUCGAAAAAUGAGAAUGCAACAAAAAAAUAACAGGAUAUUAAUACACAGACAAAAGGUAACAUUUAAAAUUGAACAUUGUUGUAACUUUCCUAUUUAGUGUUUUCAGCCAGAAGACAAGGUGCAAAGAUCAACAUUACACGCUAGAGGUGCAGUUUGCACUGUGAACAUGUGAUUUUGAAUAGUGUGACAAAGACCUUUACAUGUAAAUAUAGACAACAAACUGUCUUAACCCUCCUGCCUGAAACACACCUGUGACAUUUUACAUUAUUUGGCAACAAAUGUAAAUAUACGGGAUUGGUUCAUCCCUGUGGCAUAUAUCCUAUGCUAUUAUCCCUAGUUUGGUCAUUUGCCAAUUCCUACCCAUUAGCCUGUACAUAUACUUAAUUAGAUUUUUUUCUUGUAAAGAAGCUAUAUUUCAGUACUCAAUCUGUCCUCCAUUUGAGAGUUGUUAAAUUAA